AUGUCUCUGGCCUUGGAGAACUCUAACUCGGUCCCUCACUCGACGCUCCCCACGGCUCCUCUGCUUGCUGUUGCUCUCGACGUCCCUACCGACCCUGGGUGCUCAUCAUUGACUUCGUCUUGCGCGUCAUCUGCCAUUGAAUCAACAAGCUCGACGCCUCCGACCUCGAUCUCCGACAUCUGCAGCCAGUCCUCGGAUGCUCCCAAGCUUGAAAACAUCAAUGUAGCCAUUGAUACCCCACCCCCAGAAGUGCAUCCCUCUGACGCUCCCGAGGAUGCGAUCCCCCAAUCCACACCCGCUUUUUCCUCGCGUCCCCGACGCGCUCGCGCUGUGGCAACAUACAACCUGAACGAACUGAGUGGCACGUCUGUUCACGGAAAACGUCGCGCUAAUGGCGACGUCGUUGCUGACAAGAGAAGGAGGACCAUCUCGGCUGACACUUUGAUCGGUGGUCAGAAGAGGGAGCUCAAAGACCACUUGGUCGCAGAAAAGGAUGCCAAAGGCUUGUUGCGCGCGGGGAUCGACGCGUUGGACCUCCAAUGCGCCUUGAGCAAGCCAGCUCAAGCGACAGUAGAGUCAGCGUUGUCCCGUGAAUUGAAGCGCCUUCAAGACACGAAAGAAUUUUCCCACAUUGACGAGCAACCUGUGGUGCACUCAGUCUGGAGCAAUGGAAAGCUAGUGAACCUGAAAAAGUCCCGAAGGGAUUCUGCGAAGCAGAAGGCUAGAUCCAGUGACGCCGCUUCAACCGCUGCUGAGGAAGCUCCUGAGCCUAUACGAGAAAUUGCGCCGCCUGUCAAGAAACGGAGAGCAAAGAAAUAUCUGGUGCAUGGCCUUUAUGCGGGCCAGCACACGCCUGGUGACUAUGCCGUUGGUCUCACUACCGCCGAGAAGAAGCGCAUGGCGCAGAUCUUCGAAUUGCAGUCCCUGCCUAAGCCCAACAAAAUCUUGCCCUUACCUGUUUACAACGGACUGCGACUCCUCAUCAAGGGCCGGGACUUCAAACUACCCUUCGAUGUCUGCAAUCCUCUUCCGCCGGGAAAGGAGCACUGCACCAACCGUGCCUUCACUCAUCUCGCAGAACGCCGCGCAGCUGGUGGUAAAUACAGAAUUGGCGUCGAAGUCAUCAAGACUUCCGAUCGAGGGUAUGGUUGCUACUACUUGAUGUCGUUCGACCAGAAUAUGAUUAUCGACGCAACGACCGGAUCUAUCGCUCGAUUCGUCAACCAUUCCUGCAAUCCGAACUGCCGGAUGAUUAAGUGGAUUGUUGGUGGCAACCCUAGAAUGGCCCUCUUUGCUGGCGACCGCCCCAUCAUGACGGGAGAAGAGCUCACCUAUGACUACAAGUUUGAUCCCUUUUCAGCGAAAAAUGUACAAUCUUGUCUGUGCGGCGAACACAAUUGCCGUGGCGUUCUUGGCCCUAAACCCAAAGAGAAGGCUAAGGAGGCAAAACCAGACGCAAAGGACAAGGGCGCGGCAAAGAUGCUCAAGGAUUCAGUCAAUGCAGGAAAACGGAAGCUCAAGGAGAUUAUCGGAGAUGGCGCAGGCGGUGUCAGCGUGAAAAAGCGCAAGUUGAGCAACGGUACAGGCCUCAAGCGAUCUCUAUCAACCGCAGGAUUGAAAGCAGCCAAAGGUGCGGCGACUGUCGUCAAACGUAGCAUGUCCGCGGUGUCUCUUAAGGCGAAGAGCAGUUUGACCAACCUCAACAGCAAGGCGAAAUCCCCAGCCUUCAAAUCACUGAGCAAAGCCCCGCCCGUAACCGCAAAGACACCUCAGCACAGGGCACAAGCGUCAGGAAAGGGCACAGGAACACCUCUCAGCGCGAGCAAGAAGCGCAAUACCCUUGUCAAGCAACCUCCUCGAAAGAGUAUCACCGCGGACAUAUUGAAAAAGACCCACUCUGGGAGGGUAGUGAAGGCUUACGUCAAAGGACAACAAUCAGUUUCGCCAUCUCAGAAGCUGACGAAGUCGGGCGUGUCCCAGAAGUCAGACUCGACGAUUGUAGCAGCCACGUCCCAAGGCUACGCUUCACCAGGGUUCCGAAGCACUCCUAUGUCAAAGAGUGGCCGAGUUCGGAAAUUGACUGAGAAGGCAUCCUCUCCACGCGUGGCCAUGGAGUUGUCAAGGGCGGCCAAGGUCCGUCUUGUACAACCUGAUGAAUAA